GCAUAUGAUGCUUCUGAAAGAGCAGUAUGGAAAACAAGUGAUCGUUAACCUGUUGGGAAGCAGAGGAGGGGAGGAGGUGCUCAACAGAGCUUUUAAGAAACUGCUGUGGGCCUCUUCCCAUGCGGCAGACACUCCCAUGAUAAACUUUGACUACCACCAAUUUGCAAAAGGUGGGAAAACUGAGAAACUGGAAAAUUUGCUGAGGCCUCAGCUGAAGUUGCACUGGGAGGACUUUGGAAUCUUCACAAAGGGCGAGAAUGUAAGUCCACGUCUGCAGACAGGUGUUUUUCGAAUGAAUUGUUUGGACUGCCUGGAUCGUUCUAAUAGUGUACAGUCCUUCAUUGCCCUGGAGAUCCUGCUUGCUCAAUUAGAGAGCCUUGGGUUGAACUCUAAAUCUAUAACUGAGCGCUUUGUGGAAUCCUACAAAGUGAUGUGGACUCUCAACGGUCAUAAUCUGAGCCGAGUAUUUACUGGCAGUCGUGCUCUUGAGGGGAAGCACAAGGUUGGGAAGCUCAAGGAUGGUGCCCGCUCUGUGUCUCGCACCAUUCAGUCAAAUUUCUUUGAUGCAGUAAAGCAGGAAGCCAUCAAGUUGCUGCUCAUAGGUGACUUCUUCAGUGAGGAAUAUGCAGAUAAAGGCAAGAUGCUCAUGGACCACACUGCACUGUUGGUAACUCCGAGUAUUUUGAAGGCCAUGUCAGAGCGUCAGUUUGAAUUCACAAGCUUCAAGCGUGUUCGUGUUGCCACGGGCACAUGGAACGUGAACGGGGGGAAGCAGUUUCGAAGCAACAUCCUCGGUACCAGUGAGCUAACAGACUGGCUGCUGGAUUCUCCCAAGCUCUCUGGAGUUUCUGAAUUUCAGGAUGAUAACUGCCCUCCUGACAUAUUUGCAGUGGGAUUUGAAGAGAUGGUUGAAUUAAGUGCAGGAAAUAUUGUGAAUGCCAGUACAACAAAUAGAAAAAUGUGGGGAGAGCAGCUUCAAAAAGCUAUUUCCAGGACUCAUCGCUACAUUCAGCUGACAUCAGCACAACUUGUUGGUGUUUGUCUUUUCAUCUUUGUACGACCGUAUCAUGUCCCCUUCAUCAGGGAUGUAGCAAUAGACACCGUGAAGACAGGAAUGGGAGGAAAAGCUGGAAAUAAAGGGGCAGUGAGCAUUCGUUUUCAGUUCUAUAGUACCAGUUUCUGCUUCAUAUGCAGUCACUUAACUGCUGGCCAGACUCAGGUGAAAGAGAGGAACGAAGACUAUAAAGAAAUCACACAGAAACUCAGCUUCCCAAUGGGGCGGAGCGUGUUCUCACAUGACUAUGUGUUCUGGUGUGGUGAUUUUAACUAUCGCAUUGAUCUAACAUACGAGGAAGUCUUUUAUUUUCUCAAACGUCAAGAUUGGAAGACACUUUUGGAAUUUGAUCAACUACAGCAACAAAAAUCCAGUGGAAAAAUUUUUAAAGACUUCCAUGAAGGGACUAUUAAUUUUGGACCAACAUAUAAAUAUGACGUUGGCUCAGAGGCUUAUGAUACAAGUGAUAAGUGCAGAACCCCAGCUUGGACUGACAGAGUGCUUUGGUGGAGAAAGAAACUGCCUUUUGAAAAAACAGCUGGAGAGAUCAAUCUUCUAGACAGUGAUCUGAAUGCUGAAACUAAAGUCAGGCACACCUGGACCCCUGGAGCCUUGAUGUACUAUGGCAGAGCGGAGCUGCAAGCAUCUGACCACAGGCCAGUGUUAGCGAUUGUAGAAGUGGAAGUUCAGGAAGUUAAUCAAGCUGCCCGUGAGAGUGUUUUCCAGGAAGUGUCAUCUUUCCAGGGACCACUGGAUGCCACAGUAGUGGUAAAUCUGCUGUCACCAACACCUGAAGAGAAAAAUGAAUUUCCUGAGGAUGUACGUACAGAGCUUAUGCAAAUGUUUGAGGAUUAUGGCACUAUUGUUCUGGUCAGGAUCAGUGGAGGUCAAAUGCUGGUGACAUUUGCAGACAGCAAGUCAGCUCUUCGUGUUAUGGAUAUAGAUGGUGUCAAAGUCAGAGGCAGAACAGUGAAGAUCUGGCCCAAGACCAAGGAUUGGUUAAAGGGCCUUCAGGAGGAAAUUGCUCGAAAGCGGGACAGCAUUGCCCCCAUGUCCCCCACUGCAAACUCCUGUCUUCUGGAAGAAAAUUUUGACUUCUCAAGUUUGGACUAUGACUCAGAAGGUGAUAUAGUGGAGGAUGAAGAUGAUUAUUUAGAUGAUGCUUUAUGUCAACACCUAGUAGCAGACACAGCAGAAGAUAUGCCUGAGGGCUGUGGACAUUUCGCAUCCAUUGGUCAUUCAAACAGAUUGGGACAAAACCCACGGCUGUACAAAGAUGAUACAGACCUGGCCGAUUUGAAGCAAGAGCUGGAGGCAAGUGGGGAAUCCUGCCGACGGACUCCAAGCAGGUCUCUGUCCAUUCCUACCAGGCCUCGGCCACUUCAGCCACCACAGAGGCCUCCCCCUCCUGCCGCAACAUCAGGCAAAAAGUCCCCCUCAGAUGGUUCCCUCUCUCCUGGAAGCCACUCCACCAGCUCCAUCCUGGCAACAGCAAAGCUGCUACCUGGAGCCCCUCAGGAGCCACCUAAAGUCCGGACUGGCAUAAGUAAACCUUACAACGUCAAGCAGAUCAAAACUACCACAGCUGAGGAAGCAGAAGAAGCUAUCAGAUGUCUUAUGGAAGCUAAAGGAGGACUGCAGGAAGAUGCAGUAAAGCCUGCUCCAACUAGAAACCAAAUGUUCAAAACCGAGCCUCUUCCUAGCAUCACAAAGUCAGCAUCGUUUCCAGGAUCGCAGGUAGCACCAGUGCUUGUACCCCAUCGCCCACCACCCAAAGUUCCAACUAAGAAGCAGCCAGUACCUCUGCAAAGGACCGGAGUCAAGGUUGAAAAUGUCACGUCUACAGAAGAGCAAUUUGACCAACAGUCUCCUUUUGGCCUGACAGAGCCCUGUCUAGAAGCCGGAGCUAUUCUUAGUCCUACCAGGGUUACUCCAAUCCCUAAACCUAGAACAGCACAACCUGGGAAGCCUCAGGAGAGCAGGGGGAGCAGUGAAAGGCAGCCCCUCUCAGCAAGCAUGGCUGAGGCCAUCACACUGCCUCCCCAGAACGCUUCCUUUGCCCCGAAGGUGCCACCACGAAGAAAGAAGUCUGCUCCUGCAGCUCUUCAUCUGCAAGUUCUCCAGAGCAGUGACAACCCACUUUUUAGUGGGUUAAUGUUCAACUCCAACAACAACAAUCCUGGCUUCUGCCCCCAGACUCACGUCCUCGCGCACUCUGCUCUUGCAGCUCGUACAUCCUCUGCCAGCCCAAAAGACAGCACAGCUGAGCAGUUGGCACCAAAUGCUACAGAAUUGAUGGCUAACCUUCAGGGCCCUCCUCUACCAGAAGGCCAGCAUCCACAGCUCUCAGAUACCAGCUCCCUUGCAGAGAACAUCAGUCUUUUGGCCCUGGACACAGAUUCUUCCUGCCCUCUUUCCAUACAGGCGCUAUCAGCUACUUCUCCAGCACACACUCCAAAAAAUGUAAAACAUCCCAGCUUGAAAGAUUUCAGUCACUGGGUUACAUUUAGUGAUGAUGAAGACAGUGGUGUGCUGUCAGAAGGGUUUGACAAACUGCUUGUCUUAGAACAAAACAAAAAUACCUUUAACACUAAUACCAAUUUAGAAUUUUAA